UAGUUUUGUUUGAAUGAAAUUACACACCACAAUAAUUAAUGCAUUAACUUAAUUGCUUUGCCUAAACCAAGAAAUGGCGUUACAGACAGGCUACAAAUUAACAAGAGCGCUACUACCAAAGAAUCAGCAUCAGUUAUGGAAUGCAUCGAAAACUGUAGAAUAUUGUCUAGCCAAACAAUACACAUCAACAGAUCGCACUGAUUUAACAGGAGGGGCAAAAUCCAAAGUAACUGACAUGCCUCCUAUGAGCGAAGCUGUAAAAGGACUGCCACAAGCUGUCUACGCGAAUUUCAAAGAGGAAGACCAAAAGACGAAGGUAACCAUCCUCUCCAAUGGCUUAACAGUGGCGUCAGAAAACAGAUUCGGUGCUUUCUGCACAGUCGGUGUUGUCAUAGAUUCAGGAUCGAGGUACGAAGUGGCUUAUCCCAGCGGUAUCUCACAUUUUUUGGAAAAACUAGCAUUUAAUUCAACCAAAUUUUAUCCAGACAAAGACGAAAUGAUCAAUAAAUUGGAGAAACAUGGAGGUAUUUGUGACAGUCAGGCUUCUAGGGACACUUUCAUAUACGCUGCUUCUGCAUACACAUCAGGAUUGAAUGACGUUAUUCAAUUACUAGCAGAAGCUACGUUGAGACCAAAUAUAACAUCUGAAGAGUUAUUAAAUGCAAAACAAGCAAUAAAUUUUGAAUUAGAAACCUUAAAUAUGAGACCUGAACAAGAAACCAUUCUUAUGGAUAUGAUUCAUGCUGCUGCUUAUAACGACAACACAUUAGGACUACCAAAACUUUGCCCAUAUGAAAAUGUUAACACAAUCAAUAGAAAUGUGAUUUUGACAUACUUAAAAAAUCAUUAUACUCCCAAAAGAAUCGUUGUGGCUGGAGUAGGAGUAGAACAUUCGAAAUUAGUUGAUGCAGUACAAAAAUUCUUCGUUGAUAUAAAACCUAUCUGGACUGAAAGUAAUUCUGAGGUUAUCAAAGAUGUUAGUGUUGAUUUAAGUGUUUCACAAUAUACCGGAGGAAUAGUGCAUGAAGAAUGUGAAAUCCCUCAGUUUGCAUCUGCUGGUCUUCCAGUGCUGUCUCACGUGGUCGUAGGACUAGAAAGUUGUUCUCAUCAAGACAAAGACUUCAUUGCAACGUGUGUGCUUAAUAUAAUGAUGGGAGGUGGUGGUUCUUUUAGUGCUGGAGGCCCUGGUAAAGGCAUGUACACGAGACUAUACACAAAUGUUUUAAAUAGGUAUCAUUGGAUGUACAGUGCAACGGCAUGCAACCAUGCAUACUCUGAUAGUGGUCUUUUCUGUAUACAUGCAAGUGCACCUCCUACGCAUGUUAGAGACAUGGUCGAAGUGAUAGUAAAAGAAUUAGUGAACAUGCCGAAGAAUAUUACAGAUGAAGAACUGAGAAGAGCUAAAACACAGCUGCAGUCGAUGCUUUUGAUGAAUCUAGAGUCCAGGCCUGUUAUGUUUGAAGAUAUAGGAAGACAAGUACUCGCUUCAGGCCAAAGAAGGAGACCUAAGUACUUUAUAAACGAAAUAGAAAAAAUAAGUAAAGAUGAUAUAGUCAGAGUUGCCAAAAGGUUAUUGAGUUCGCAACCUGCAGUAGCAGCUAGAGGUGACCUCAGGAAAAUGCCAUCAUUAGAAUACAUUCAAGCUGGACUUAUCGAUUCUGAAGGCAGAAUGCCCAAUGGUAGGAAGUUGUCUUUGUUUAGGUAGAUUAAAGAACUAAUUGUAAAAUUAUUUGUAAAAUAUGUAUUAAAAACCUUUUUUUGA